ACUCCAAGGGGCAGUUUAAAAUUCGCGCGCAGCAUAAGCAACGUUCAUGUUGCACGUUGGUCUGCGUUUGGCCUACGUGACUCAGAAACAGUUAUCAAUGGCGCAACAACAGCUGCUUCAAAAGUUCACUGACCAAUUUUAGUGCAAUAGCAACCCCUGAGGCAAACAGUAUUCAAAAAUCUCAAGUUGAUAUCAUUAUCGCAGCAUUCAGUUGACAAAUGAUAAUACAUAUAUUAGUGUUUCUAACAGUUUACACACGUGUUCCCAUUAAAUAAUCAGCAUCAACAGUUUUCAACAAAUACAAAGACAAAAACAAAGUGAACGUAGAGGAAAUCGCUUUGAAAGUGCACAGAAAACCUUGGCGCGUUUGCAACAAAAAGUAAUUCUAAAGUGAAGAUAAGCCAGCGGUCAGAAUGUUGGACAUUGUCCAACCCAGCGAACAGCUAGACAGCACCUCCAAUAACAACAACAGUAGCGAUGUUGUGGUCAUCCGUGCCAGGCCAAAGAAGGUGUUCAAGCCCAAGGCUCGUAUCAAUCGCAUUCCCCAGGAGCUGCUAGAUGAUCCUCAGCUGCAACGCGCCAUUGAACGGCUGCCAGCAAACUACAACUUUGAGCUGCACAAAACAAUUUGGCGCAUUCGGGAGACGAAGGCGAAGCGUGUGGCGCUGCAGCUGCCGGAGGGAUUGCUUAUGUAUGCGAUGGUCAUAAGCGAUAUCAUUGAGCGCUUCACCAGCGCCGAUACCGUUAUCAUGGGCGAUGUCACAUACGGCGCCUGCUGCGUGGAUGAUUACACGGCACAGGCGUUGGGUGCCGAGCUGUUGGUGCACUAUGGUCACAGCUGCCUCAUACCAGUCGACCAGACAUGCGGCAUUAAGGUUCUCUACAUUUUUGUGGAUAUUAAAAUUGAUCCACUGCAUUUCCUGGAUUCGGUGAAGCUGAACUUCAAGCCCGAUGUGGGUCAAAUAGCACUGGUCAGCACAAUACAAUUUGUUACGACCCUGCAGGCAGCUUCCACAGAGUUGAAGGCAGCCGGCUACGAUGUGCUUGUGCCGCAGGCGAAACCUCUCAGUCCGGGUGAAAUUUUGGGCUGCACUUCGCCACAGCUGCCGGAGACGACGCAAAUGAUCAUCUACCUGGGUGACGGACGUUUUCAUAUUGAAUCCGCCAUGAUUGCCAAUCCGCUGCUAAAGGCUUACAAAUACGAUCCGUAUGAGAAGAAAUUUACCGUGGAGCAUUACGAUCAUGGCGCCAUGCAGGGCCUGAGGCAUUCUGCCGUGCAACGGGCCAAGCAGGCACGCCGCAUUGGCAUCAUAUUGGGCACACUGGGCAGGCAAGGUAGCUCCCGAGUGCAGCGGUUUUUGGAGAAGCGUCUGCACGCCAAGGGCAUAGAGUCAACCACCAUACUGCUAUCCGAGAUCUUUCCACAAAAGCUGUCGCUGUUUACGGAUAUUGAUGCCUUCGUGCAGAUCGCCUGUCCACGUCUAUCCAUUGACUGGGGAUCGGCCUUUGAGAAGCCGCUGCUGAAUCCCUACGAGCUCUCCGUGGUGUUGGGCGACAUCGAAUGGACACCGGACAAUGCCUCGCCGCGCAACAAUGCAUAUCCCAUGGACUUCUAUGCCAGCGGCAGUCUUGGACCCUGGACGCCAAAUUUUAAGCCGCCAGCACCAGGAGAGUGCGAGAAUCGCCCCUCUGCCGACUGCUGCGGUCGCUGCAACCGUGCUGAGCUCGAGAAGGACGAUACCGGCAAGGCGGCGGCACUGGCAGAUCUGCUCGAUUUCAAAAAGGGAUAAGCAAACGUUCCUAUAAGCUCAUAAGCAUAACUUACUGAUAACUAAGUGAUUUAGUUCAUGUGCCCGCCCAGCCCAAAUGUAAUUUACCUACUAAUUUAAGUUAGUACAAAGAUUGAUUUCUAAGUUAGUAACUUUUUUAAUUUAGAUACAAACAUUUGUGUUCAUCUCAUUUUCACCUGUUUUACAAUUUCUUUACACAACGAGACAACUUUAAGAACAACAUUCAUAUAUUAGUUAAGGGAUUAAUUGCAUUCACAAAUGCAAUGCAAUUGUUUAAAAACAUUAAAUUAUAUAUGUCAUUAUUAAA